AUGGAGGAGGAGGACUCAUCAUAUAAGACCAUCUUUUCCCUGGGGCGGUUUAAGAUCCGCAGGCAGCAGAAUGGACCCCCCUCGGACCAAGCCAAGAGUGCCCCCAAAUGCCCGGCGGAGCUCCCACCACCUUCGCAGAUGGAGGAAAACGGAUCUCUUUCAGACCCUCCGGAUUACGAGACCACAAUUGAUGCCUGCCCUCGCUAUGAAUUCUACGCCCUUUCAGCACCUCCUGGGCGGCGGAAGGUCCGCCCGUCGCUGGACAUGCUCAGAAACGCAGAUCUGGUGAGACCUGCUAGAGGGCACUUUUCCGUCAAAGGUGGCGUCUGCCAAAGUUUUCCAGAAAAUGUACAUCACUGGGUGCAACAGCACACUUUUGAAAACAGCUGGCAAGGAGGGACCUUUUGCUGCAUGUUAAAUGGACGAGGGGAACCUGUGGCCCUGCAGAUUUUUCUGGACCACAAUUCCCAUCAUCCCUGGCCAUUGGCCAAGCUGUCUGGAGCUGAUGGGAGUUGGAGUCCAUCAGCUUCUGGAGAGCCACACAGGGCCGGCCCACUCAUGAGGCAAGGUGAGGCAACCACCUUGGGCAGCAGGAUCCACAGGACAGGAGAUCCGGCCUCCAAGGGAUGCAUUGCCCACUGCUGCUGCCGCAGUGGCAGAAGCAGGCCCAGCACAAUCUUGGAGGCCAGAUCUCUAUCCUCCUCAGCAGCCUUCCCCAUAGCCACCUCUACAGCAUCCUGUUGGCAAAAUGGAGGCCCUGCUGGUCUCUUCCCACCCUUGGUCCCCAUGUAGAUCUUUAUUCCACCCGUGUUGCUGGUGUAGAGCUUCACUCACCCCUUCUUCUCUGGCAAAGCAUGGCUGUGUGCCAUUUUGCGGUCCACCUCAGGUGCCAAAAUGUUUUGAGCUGGCUGUGAUGCCAGAGGUUCCUCACCCUUGGUGUAACUCAACGGGAUGGGCCUUCCCACUUGAAGAAGACUACUUGGGCAAUUAAAAUAUCACCCUCCUGACCCACCCAAGUUCUCCUCUUUUCCUUCUGUCCAUUGCGCCAAGCAAGACUUCACAAGAAGCGAAUGCAAAACUAACAGAACGCUGGCAUCCUCCCAAACUUGGGAUGUUUUAUUCUGUCCCUAAAUUUCAAUGUGUGCUUGUUAACUCCCUCAUCCCAUUCCCUUGCAUUGUUGUUUUUCACAGACAAAAGGAGAUCCCAGUGCCACGGAGGCAGAGGAGAAAGAUGUGGAAGCCGAUGAACCGGAAGCGGAACCAGUCCGCUUUGGCUGGGUGACCGGCGUCAUGGUAAAGUCAAAAAAUGAGUGGAUUAAUUGGAUUGCAGGGAAAGGAGAAGGGUGCCAUCUAGUCCCAGGAGUAUAAAAUAAUGUUGGGAAGAUGCAAGCGAAGCAGCAACAGUCAAUGAAUUGGUCCUGAAUUAUAUAUACAUAAAAGGCAACCAAUAAGACAUACAACAUAGAUUCAACCUUUGCUGUUCAGAUGUUUUGGGAUUACUGCUCACCUCUGACUCAGCCAGGGCAGCAGUGCUGGCUGCUGGUGCUGAUGGAAAUUGUAGUCCAGAACAUCUGGAGGCACCAAAACUCUCAGUUUCUAACUUUUCAAAUCUUAAAUUCAGUUCUCCACAUUUUGCAGCAACUUGUAAUAUUUUUUUUUAAACCCUGCAUGAAAAUUCACCAGCAUUUUAGUGUGAAUGUCCUAACCAACCCCUUUAGAUGUGCAGUUUGGACUAAUGUACGCAAGCAAUUUUCCCCAAUAUAAAUCCACUUUUGCAUGUUAUUGUCACCAACGUCUUCACUUUUAAUGUACACUUUACACCCAGUUAUGCAAACACCGUUGGGCUGGAGAACUGCAUAGCAAAAUUUGGAUGAGUGCGAAUUUUGAAAGAUACAGUAGUGGUGUGUCAGUUCGCAUCUUGUUCCAGAAGCUGAGAACUUGCUCACAUACAUACUGAAUUGAGUUUCUCCUCCAUCUCUAGUGUUGGUGUGCUAUUAGAUUCUCAGCUUUUUUCUUCUUCUUCUAUUUCCGAAGAUCCGGUGCAUGCUGAACAUUUGGGGUGUGAUCCUUUACCUUCGUUUGCCAUGGAUAACUGCACAAGCCGGGAUAGGUGAGAGUCUUUUUACCCACGGACAGCUGCGACUAAAAGGAAAAGAGGCUGUCCUCUUUUUGUGGUGUGUUUUUGUGGUGUGUGAACUGUUUCGCACAAUGCUUUUGUGCUUGAUCCUUGAAUCCUGAUGUGGACACCUGUACAUGUUUGAAAAUACAUUUACAUCAUGUAUGCAUAAGGUGGGGGGGGUGAGAGAAGAGGGAAGAACCAUAGAAUUGUAGAGUUGUUGGGGACUAUGAGAGGUCAUCUAGCCCAACCCUCCGCGAUGCAGGAAUCUUUUGCCCAAAAUGGGACUCGAACUCAUGUCCCUUAUAUUAAGAGUCUCGUGCUCUACCAGCUGAGCUACCAUAUGUGAAAUAAGAGAUAUAAAUGUGUUGAGGUUGUCAGGUUGUUCUGUCAACCAGGAUAACUGUCAGUAAUUAAUGAAAGUGGGUUUCAACUAUUUAGAAUCUGAUUUUUUUUUAAUGAAACCAUUUUCAAAUAUUUGUGUGAAAUCUUGAGUUGUAACCAGUGUUACUCAGAGUAGACCUAUGGAAGUUAAUUAACAUAACUAAGGCCCCCAUCUGCUCUAUACAUCUAAAGCAGUAGCUUACCUUUAAACAUUCAUAGCUUCCCAGAGCUAUAUUUCCACACUUCUCUGUGAAGACAGACUGUUAAACCACUUGGAAUUGUAGCUCUGUGCAAGGAACUGGGAGUCUCCUCACAACUAUUAGUACCCUUAAUAAACCAUAAUUCCCUGUACACUUUGGGGGAAGCCGUGGCUGAUUAAAGUGGCAUGACACAGUUUUUAAUAUAUAGUGCACAUUGGGCUUUUUAGGCUCAUUAAUAUCAACAGGACUACAGUGGUACCUCGGGUUACGUAUGCUUCAGGUUACAGACUCCGGUAACCUGGAAAUAGUACCUCAGGUUAAGAACUUUGCUUCAAGAUGAGAACAGAAAUCAUGCUCCAGCGGCGCAGCGGCAGCGGGAGACCCCAUUAGCUAAAGUGGUGCUUCAGGUUAAGAACGGACCUCCAGAACGAAUUAAGUAGGACGUGGCAAGAUCCAGAGUCCUUUUUAGAUUUAUUUAUUUUAUAAUUGCAAUUUUCCCAAGCCUUUCAGUACUUUCAUUCAUAAAAUCUGCAUCCCCAUUCAUAAAAACUGAGAGUACUCCAAUCACUUCCUGUAUCUUCCUUUUAAGAAAUCAAAGAGCAACAUUUUCUUCUUGUAUCAAAAAUAUAUAGUGUUAUUAAGUAACAAAGUAACAAAGUGCAGUUUAAAAAGUAUCUAAAGACUGAUGUGUCUCCAAAGUUUUUUUCCCAUUCACAAGUCGUUUACAGUGGUACCUGGGGUUACAUAAGCUUCAGGUUACAGACUCUGCUAACCCAGAAAUAGUACCUUGGGUUAAGAACUUUGCUUCAGGAUGAGAACAGAAAUCGUGCUCUGGCGGUGCGGCAGCAGGAGGCCCCAUUAGCUAAAGUGGUGCUUCAGGUUAAGAACAGUUUCAGGUUAAGAACGGACCUCUGGAACGAAUUAAGUACUUAACCCGAGGUACCACUGUACUGCAAAAUCUUCCCUUCAAAAGACAGGAGUUGACUUCCUUUUUAGAUUCCGUCUUUGCCAAAUCUAUAUUAAAUCCAGUUCUUUUUAUUUUGAAAAGUCCAUUGUUGUCGACAAUACCUUUUUUCCCUUGAAAGUCUGCUGCUUCAGGUGGCAAUUCGUGGUUUCAGGUUUCUGAGCUGCGCUGGAGCGACGGGCAGGCUCAGGCCACUGUCGCACCCCACCCCCCACUCGCUGCUGAUGCAGCGGUGGGGCUCCGGCGAUCGUGGCGAGCCUCUUCAUGCCCGGCUGGUCCCCUUGACACCCCACUGCCUGUGGGGCUUUUUUGGGGGGUGCCUAGCAGGUUUUCAACGUUUUUGAGGCUCCCUUGACCAAGUGCCUUCUUUCUACCACACCCCUGUGGGGCUCAGGAGCCCAGUUGUGUCACCCCUUGCCUGCAGAGCUGGCAGCCUCUCACCCUUUUUUGAACACCCUCCCUUGUGGAGUGUGUUCACUCAGCCUCCCCUCUCCUUGGGAGUCCUCUGAGCUGCCCUCCGCCCUCUGCCCCAAAGAGAGGUGCCUCCUCCCUGACCAGCCCCAGAGGCACAAUUCUCCUGGGGAGCUUUGUAGCCAGGACAGCUGCAACGAACAGCCGUGCAAGCCUUUGGGAGGCAGAGAUGUGAGAAGGCAUCAAGGGAGGGAGGGAAGGAAAGAGGGACAGAGGCCAGUGUUGCCUGCAGCACCCUUGACCAUCAGUCAAGGCACCCCAGGGUGCCACGGCACACUGGUUGAAAACCACUGGCCUGAACCAUUAGGUUCAUAAAGUGGGUGUUGGUGAGGUCUGUUGGUGAUGCUGACAGGAUUGCUAACUCACUCAGUUACCUCUUUUCCUCCCCCUCCCCAGGGUUAACCUGGCUGAUCAUUCUAAUGUCUUCUGUGGUGACCAGCAUCACGGGGCUCUCCAUCUCGGCCAUCUCCACCAACGGCAAGGUCAAAGCAGGUAAGCCGUCUUCCUCUUCACCAAAUGGAAGCCAGUCCUUUUGCCCCCCUGUGCUAGGCAACGGCCACAUUCAUGCCAUACCUUUAAAGCAGGAGUAGCCAAACUAAGGCCUGGGGACCGGAUCUGGCCCAAUCGCCUUCUAAAUCCGGUCCAUGGAUGGUCCGGGAAUCAGUGUGUUUUUACAUGAGUAGAAUGUGUCCUUUUAUUUAAAAUACAUCCCUGGGUUAUUUGUGGGGCAUAGGAAUUCGUUCAUAUAUUUUUUUCAAAAUAUAGUCCGGCCCCCCACAAGGUCUGAGGGACAGUGGCCCGCCCCCCCUGCUGAAAAAGUUUGUUGACCCCUGGUUUAAAGCACCUUGAGGCCCCUUUCAGCAGUCGUGACUUCCCCCAAAGUAUUCUUUGUUAAGGAUAUUCUGAGUCAAUAGAAGACCCCCUAUUCCCCUCACAGAGCUACAAUUGCCAGAGUGGUUUAGCAGUCAAUUCCUCUUCACCGGCAACUUGGGAACUGUAGCUCAGGGGGUGGGGAUAAGGGUCUCCUGACGACUGCCAGCACCCUUAGCAGCCCACAGCUCCCAGAAUUCUUUGAGGAAACCUACAAUUGUUUAAAAUGGAGCUUUACGUGUAUGGAGCAAAUGUGGCCAUUGAUAAAGGUGGAAUGAGCAAUAAUUGGUAAGUGUGUGGAAACAAUAUUUGAACAUGCUGAAAGUGGGUUGCUGUGGUGUUGCCACAGAGAGCUGCAACAAGGCUGGAGUCAGGAGUCAGCGUUCGCAGACACCUGCCUCACUGCCGGCCCUACUGCCUGUUCCCCUGACCUCUCCGAAUGUCUGAACGCUUCCAAGAGUGAGGAGAAGGCUCAGCAGCUUCCAAAUGCGUUUCUCUUUCCUUCCAGGAAGAGAUGCACAUUGAACCCAGGCUUGGAGGGAAGCAAAUGAGUGCUGUGUUGACAGUGGCGAGGGUGGGGUAGGGUGGGGUCCACCCAGGAAAGGAGCCCCAAUGUGGGUAUCUUCCCCUAGGGUCUCUCAAAAUAUGGGGCCCACACUAAGCUACACAACUUUGCUGGGGGAAAUGCUUCCUUCAGAGAAACUGGCUUGAAUCCAAAUCGCUUCCUCUGAAUCAAGCUUUCCCAAACUUGGGUCUCCGGCUGUUUUUGGACUACAACUCCCAUCAUCGCUGACCCCUGCCUGGUCCUGCUAGCUAGGGAUGAUGAAGGGAAAAACAGCCGGACACUCAAGUUUGGGAAACUCUGCUCUAAAUGGGCUUCUAAGGGAUUCCAUGUAGCGGCCAAUCGGCUGGUCGGUGGUUAUAGCCGGCCCCUUUGAAGGUGUGUUCCCAGCACCAAUCAGCUGCUUGACACUAGCUGCACAUCUUCAGAGCCAGCCCUGAGGAGUAAAUAACAUCUGAAUUGUCUCCUGGCGCAGGGGGUACCUACUUUCUCAUCUCCCGCAGCUUGGGCCCAGAGCUCGGCGGCUCCAUCGGCCUUCUCUUCUCCUUUGCCAACGCCGUCGCUGUGGGCAUGCAUGUGGUGGGCUUCUCCGAGACUGUCAAGGACCUCCUUGUGGUACGUGUGGCACGCGCUCCCAUGCCAUCCUGCCCCAUGUAUUGGCCUCUACAUCCAUUUCUUUAGCAACAGUUUGACCUGCAGAAAUUAUCGGGUGGCCCUGUUGAACUAUUCUAGUGUUGGUUGUGGUGUGUUUUUUCUGGCCAAAUUGGCAACACUGCAUAGGCUCUUCUUAGACAACAACAACAACAAAAGUAAAAACAAUAUUUAUUUUUAAUUUAUAUGCUGCCCAUCUGACUGGAUUGCCCCAGCACUCUGGGUGGCUUCCAACAUAAUAUCAAAACACAAAAACCUUCAAACAUUUUUUUAAAAACCUCCCUGUACAGGGCUGCCUUCAGAUGUAUUCUAACACUCAGAUAGAUGUUUAUUUCCUGGAUGGGGCAAAAAUGGGGAAGAAAAGUGAUGUCACAUGGCAACAGUCUCCUCCCCCAAUUUGCACAUGCUCAUUAGAAUAUUCUAGUGGAGACACUUAUGCUGGGAAGAGGAGCCUUUGGGAGGGGGCAGGGUUGCAGCUUGGUGGCAGAACGUUGGCAUCGCAUGCAGAAGGUCCCAGGUUCAGUUUUGAGGUAUGAUAGGAAAUGCCCCUUGCCUGAAACCCUGGAGAGCUUCUGCCAGUCAUUGUAGUUCUGGGUGAGGAAACUCCCACCUGAUCAGUGCCUGGCAGUGUGACUGUCUGGGAGCCACAUUUAUGCUCCCCUGGGUUCCACAAUGGCAGAGGGCACCACUCAACCCCUGAGCUGCCAGCUCUGUUCCCCUGUGCUCUCAGCGAUGGACACGAACCAAGGACCCAAAAAGGAGAAGGCAGUCCCAGGGGAGCAGGUCAGACCUGCCUUUGAGGCUUAUCUCACCUUCACUCUUCUCCAACAGGAGUUCGAUGGGGUGAUGAGCGACCCAACAAACGACAUCCGCAUCGUGGGUGUGAUCACCAUCACUGUUCUCCUGGGCAUCGCCCUGGCUGGCAUGGAAUGGGAGGCCAAGGUAACUGGAAAGGAAACCAUAUUUGGAUUUGGGUAACGGGGUGCAGUUAAAACAGAGCGCAAAGUUUCAGGAAGCCAGGAGUCCUGGGGCUGUGGCGGUUGGGUGUGUGCGCCAGCUUUGAUUUUAGAAAGAGCAGAAGAAGAAUUCUCGUCCCGUGGAGAAGAGAAGAGAGGGUGUCAAUCAAGAAGAGACCCUGAGAAUCAGGGCCAGAUAGGGCUGGCUUCCAGUUGGGUGAAGAAAACGUUUGCUAGGAAGCGUGGCUUCAUUUAAUAAUCCCUCUCUUUCCAGGCUCAGGUUGUCUUCUUCUUCGUCAUCAUGAUCUCCUUCAUCAAUUAUUUUGUGGGCACCUUCAUCCCAGCCACUCCAGAGAAAAUGUCUAAGGGGUACUUCAGCUAUCGAAGUAAGGGCUACGUCCUCCACAAUCUGUUGUGCCCCAGGCAACCAGCUUCCUCCCAGAACCAUUCACCCUGUAAGAUUUGCCCUGCUGGGACAAAACAAUCCCAGCCUACCUAAAAGAGAGGAUCAGCUGACUUCUGGGGCUUGCUUCCCCUUGCUUUCAGCCCAGCUGUAUCUUUAUCUGACUCCCCCACACCUGACAUCAGGUGUGUGCCUUGGCUUGGCCAAAACUGCCUUGCAGGUCAAAUGGAGAAGCCUGCUGGGCUAAACGUUCCUCACCUGGGCUAAACGUUCCUCUCGGUAGUGGCUCCUGCCCUGUGGAACGCCCUCCCAUCAGAUGUCAAAGAAAUAAACAACUAUCUGACUUUUAGAAGACAUCUGAAGGGAGCCCUGUUUAGGGAAGUUUUUAAUGAUUGAUGUUUUAAUGUAUUUUUAAUUGUUUGUUGUAAGCCGCCCAGAGUGGCUGGGGAAACCCAGCCAGAUGGGCAGGGUAUAAAUAUUAUUAUUAUUACUAUUAUCAUUAUUAUUAUUAUUAUUAUUAUUAUUAUUAUUAUCACCACCAGCACCACCCUUGAUUCAGAAAUUUGGUUUGACUUGAUUAUCUCUUUAAAAAGCUAGAACAUUCUCUUCCUGCCCCACCAUUGCGUUUGAGUAAAUCUCCUUUCCUUUUCUCUCCUCCUUUUCCAAAGCCAAUAACUUCUUGGACAAUAUCGGCCCUGAAUGGCGAGGCGAAUCUGGCAGCUUUUUUGGCAUGUUCUCCAUCUUCUUCCCUUCGGCUACGGGAAUCCUGGCUGGUGCCAAUAUCUCAGGAGACCUCAAGGUAAAUUGUUCCGGGUCUGUGUUUUGCUUCUGCUUAAUUUAGUCAAUAAUGAAUUGCAUUUAUAUCCCACCUCUCAUCCGGGCAGCUCAAGGGGGUGAGGUUGGUUCUCCCCCUCCCCAUUUCAUCGUCACAACAACCCUGUGACAUAGCUGUCAACGUUUUCCUUUUUUAAAGGGAAAUUCCCUUAUUCCGAAUAGGCUUCCUCGCAAGAAAAGGGAAAAGUUGACAGUUUUGCCCUGUGAGGUGGUUGCUAUGUGUAACCGUGGGCCCUCACCAGGUCUGCUGGACCCCAGGAAUUGUUUGAAUCUGAUUCAUGUAUUUUUGAUGGCUCUGCCUUUCCCUCCAAAGCCGCUAGCUGGAGUUGCAGCAGCUGAAGGGGGCAAAGGGAUGUGUUGUCAAACACCUAGUGGUUUCCCAGCUGUCUGACUUUGUGGAAUGGCUGCUGGUGCGAACAGUUCUGGGAGGGGAGGGACCAAAGGGCAACCAGGUGAAGAAGGCCUUGCUGCCUCACCUCUGCCUCCGAAGAGCAGUGAGGUGGAAACGCCCUUGGCCAGUCGUACCCUAAACCCUGCAAUUAUUGCUCAUUGUGCUGUUUCCUUCGCAGGACCCGGCGGUGGCCAUCCCCCAGGGAACACUCAUGGCUAUCUUCCUGACAACCUUGACGUACCUAGCUAUCGCUGCCACCAUAGGUAAAAAGCUUGCCUACAAGAAUGGCGCGUGCCAGGGCUGCGCCAAGACACUUUUGCUGACCCUGAGGGGCCUAGCGGGAAGACAACAACGGAUUUAGACCAUGUUUGCUGCUUGGUCUCCCAGCGACUUAUUUUAAAACGUGAACGCCUUACAAUGCUGACUCGUUCCUACGAAAACACACAUCAUUCAUUAGAAAUAUAUUCAAAACAAACCUCUUCCCUGCCCUCAGGGAAGGAGCAGGGUGCUUUAGUAACUCACUGUCGCAGGAAUCUCAGGUGGCACAUUUCACAGCAAUGUAAUUAUCCAAGACUACAUACACCUGGGGCUUUUUUUCAGCCGGAACUUGCCGGAACUCAGUUCUGGCACCUCUCAGGUGGGCACCAUUGCCAUUAUAAGAGAACAAGGGAGGUGUUCAUGGUGAGUUCCGGCACCUCUUUUUUCUAGAAGAAUAGCACUGCAUACACCAGGGGUAGGCAACCUAAGGCUCGUGGGCCAGAUGUGGCCCAAUUGCCUUCUCAGUCCAGCCCAUGGACAGUCCAGGAAUCAGUGUGUUUUUACAUGAGUAGAAUGUGUGCUUUUAUUUAAAAUGCUUCUCUGGGUUAUUUGUGGGGCAUAGGAAUUUGUUCAUUUUAUUAUUCAAAAUAUAGUCCAGCCCCCCCACAUGUUCUGAGGGAUGGUGAACUGGCCCAUGGCUGAAAAAGGUUGCUGACCUCUGGCAUACAACACCCUGGGAACGAUUGUUUACCCUUCAUAGACCCAGCGCCCUUAACAAACUACAGUUCCCAGAAUUCUUUGGGGUGGAGGGAACAUGCUUUAUAUGCAUCAUUUUUUAAAAAAAUUAUUUACUCAUUUUUUCAGUGCAAACAUCAACCACAAGAAACACACAUAACAAAAACCACAAUAACACUAAUAACACAAUUUAACAAUUCAGAUUUGAGUACUGAUAUACUACACCUUUUUAACAAUAUUUCCCCACCUCUCCUCCCCCUACUUCCCACCACUGUCCACCUUAUCGCUUAAGUAUUCCUUCCAGAUUUCUUCAUAUUUAUCCAUUCUUAAUUUGCGUUGAUAUGCAAUUCGUUCGUAUGUAGCUAGUCUGUCCAUAUUGUCAAUCCAUGUGCUCAAUGGAAUCUUUUUGCGGCUCUUCCAAUUCAUCAAAACAAGUUUUUUUUUAUGCCUCAUAUGCAUCAUGUGCAUGGAGCCAUAGUCUGAGGUGGGAUGUUUUUACCUGGUGCCUCCCUGCCUCCAUUCUAUGUAUUAAAGUGGAUCAGAGGUGCAGCUGAAUCAUCCUUUGACACGGGCAGAGCAAUAGUGUCUCCCACGGCACCUGAAGGCAGCGGGAUCACAUAGCAGACGCUGCACGGCUUGGUCUGCUCCCUGCCACCUGCCCCAUAGCAACUGCUUGACCUCCUGGCUUUGCCCUUCCCCUGCUCAGCCCAUGGGGCUCUCAUGGCCACAAGAAGCCCUUCACCUCAAAAUAAAUAAAUAAUGGCGGCCUUUCCUCUUGCCAGGCACCUGUAUGGUCCGCGACGCCUCCGGCAACCUGAACGACACCAUGGCGUCCGCCAACUUCACCAGCGGGGACUGCGUUGGCCGGGCCUGCGAAUACGGGUGGAAUUUCACUGAGUGCACCGUGGCUGGGACUUGCGAAUAUGGUUUGGCUAAUGACUACCAGGUAGGGGAAGCCGGUGUUCCUGCCUCUCCUCCCUUGGCUCUCUGUGGGACAGGACUGAGGCCUUGUAGCCGCAUUUUGGGUUUACUGGGGUUCUCCUCCCCCUCCCAUAAUACGGUUUUGUCGUUGCCUCCCUUGUCUCUUAGACCAUGAGCUUGGUGUCUGCGUUCAGCCCCCUCAUCACAGCUGGGAUCUUUGCGGCCACCCUCUCCUCAGCUUUGGCCUGCCUCGUCUCUGCCCCCAAGGUCUUCCAGGUAAUUUGGGGAAACCGUGUGUGUUUGUGUGUGUGUGUUAUACCCAAGCUCUGCUUGGAGUUCAAGAUGUAAGGAAGGCUGUGGAGGCUGACCCACUGGGCCCCAUGGGGCACUGCCCCAUCAACUUGUCUGCCCGUACCUGCCUUGCCCGUCUUUUUUGCUUACAACUACCCCAGAGGUGACCCUGGCAGUCAACUUCCUUCUAAACCCCACAGAACUCAAAUUACAGGAAACCCCCACAUUUACACGCUUUUCGAGCAACUGCGCACAUGCACAUUGCGCUGAACCCGGAAAUGACCCGCAAACCUCACCGAAAGAGGCAGGCGAAAAACCGGGCUGUUUGCAAGCUUUCUUGAUGGUGUUUCACCAGCGCUUGUAGUGCCUCGGAACGUAAACUCCUCUUAAAUAUUGGGGGGUGGUAUUUGCCUGUAAUUGACCCUGCCUGUCAUCAGCUCUAGCAAAACCUAUGGUUUGUUUGCUUGUUUCAUGAAAUAAUAUAUACUGCUUGACUGUAAAAAACAACAACAAAAAACUCAAAGCAAUUUAUGGAAAGAUAAAACGAGAAAAUCGAAUUUGCAGCAGUGCUUUAAAAUGUAGAAAAGUUAAAAUACUGAAACGGAUCAAAGUUAUUUCAACUUUCUAAGGGCCUGGGUAGGCUUGUCGCAACAAGAAUGUCUGGGUAGGGACGCAGGUGGUGCUGUGGGUUAAACCACUGAGCCUAAGACUUGCCGAUCAGAAGGUCGGCAGUUUGAAUCCCCGCGAUGGGGUGAGCUCCUGUUGCUCGGUCCCUGCUCCUGCCAACCUAGCAGCUUGAAAGCACGUCAAAGUGCAAGUAGAUAAAUAGGUACCACUCUGGCGGGAAGGUAAACGGCGUUUCCGGUGCUGCUCUGGUUUGCCAGAAGUGGAUUAGUCAUGCAGGGCACAUGACCCGGAAGCUGUACGUCGGCUCCCUCGGCCAGUAAAGCGAGAUGAGCGCCGCAACCCCAGAGUCGGCCACAACUGGACCUAAUGGUCAGGGGUCCCUUUACCUUCACCUUUAGGCUUGUCUCAACAAGAAUGUUUUUAGCAGAUGCCGAAAAGGGAGCUGUGGAGGUCCAUGCUUUAAUCUCAAUAGGCUUUGCUGCCUUCCAUCCUGCAUAGCAGGGGGUUGGACUAGAUGACCCUUCCAGUUUUGCAGUUCUAUGAUAGCACGAGCCUACCAGUCUCAAUAGGGACGCAGGUGGUGCUGUGGGUUAAACCACUGAGCCUAGGACUUGCCGAUCAGAAGGUCGGCAGUUUGAAUCCCCGCGAUGGGGUGAGCUCCUGUUGCUCGGGCCCUGCUCCUGCCAACCUAGGAGUUUGAAAUAACUGUGAAGAUCUCUCCCAUUGGACAUCUCCCUCCAGUGUGGCCUAGUGGUUAAGAGCGGUGGACUCGUAAUCUGGUAAACCCGGUUCGCUUCCCCGCUCCUCCACAUGCAGCUGCUGGGUGACCUUGGGCUAGUCACACUUCUCUGAAGUUUCUCAGCCCCACUCACCUCACAGAGGGUUUGUUUUGGGGGAGGAAGAGAAAGGAGAUUGUUAGCCGCCUUGAGACUCCUUAGGGUAGUGAUAAAGCGGGGUAUCAAAUCCAAACUCCUCUUCUUCUUCUUCCUUCUCAUUUGUGCUCCUCUCCCCGCCCCCCCAGUGCCUUUGCGAGGACAAUCUCUACCCCCUCAUUGGCUUCUUCGCAAAAGGAUAUGGAAAGAACAAGGAGCCGUUGAGGGCCUAUGCUCUGACCUUCCUCAUAGCUGUUGCCUUCAUCCUCAUUGGUAAGCGAGACCACCUCCCCUCCCUUAUUUAUCAGACCCGCAAUUUCCACCCCUGGAAGCUAUUAUUUUGUGAUUGACACAGUGAGCUUCAGGGCUGAGUGGAGAUUCUAAACCUGGUCUCCCAGGUCAUUGUCCAAUAUUCUAGCCAGGACACCACACUGGCAUUUGGGUGUCAGGCCACGGCAUUCCAGUUUUCCCAGGCUUUGGGUCAUUCGUUGAGAUCAUAGGGUGGUAUUCAACUAUGUUGAGUUUUAUACAGAGUGGAGCUCUUGAAAUUAAUGGACCUCACUCAGCCAUGUGUCUUAAUUUCAAUAGGUCCACACUAACUUAAAACUAGCAUAGUACCCAAACUGUUGCAUGCUUUCUGGUAUAUCUCGUGGUGUUCAUUUUUUAGUAGGGUGGGGGUACAGCAAUCCUUUUUAUAAUUUUAGGGAUUUUGCUCCAUCGUUUUUCUCAAAUACUUGAUUUUUUUCCCCUUAUGGGGGCCAUGCUGCUUUUGUCGGUCACUUUGUGACUUUUGUGUGUGUUUGGGGUUAAGGAAUAAAUGGGUGUACAGUGGUACCUCAGGUUACAUAUGCUUCAGGUUACAAAUGCUUCAGGUUACAGACUCCGCUAACCCAGAAAUAGUACCUCGGGUUAAGAACUUUGCUUCAGGAUGAGAACAGAAAUCGUGCCCCAGCAGCGCGGCGGCAGCAGGAGGCCCCCAUUAGCUAAAGUGGUGCUUCAGGUUAAGAACAGUUUCAGGUUAAGAACGGACCUCCGGAAUGAAUUAAGUACUUAACCGGAGGUACCACUGUAAUAAAUAAAAUAAUAAUAAACAAACAAAUAGCACAGACAUGAACGGCCUCCCUCGGGAGGUUGUGGACUCUCCUUCCUUGGGGGGGGGGGGUUAAGCAGUGGUUGAAUGGCCAUCUGUCGUGGCUGCUUUAGCUGAGAUUCCUGCAUUGCGGGAAUGACCCUCAGGGCCCCUCACAAUGCUAUGAUUCUAUGAAAUUAGCAGCGUUGAAUGCUAGCUGCUUGAGUAGAGCAUACAAGAGCACCCCCCCAUCCCAUCCCCUGUUCUGUGCCAGAAUACAGUGCCUCCUUGUUUACCUUUCCUUUCUUUGCCUCUGCAGCGGAUCUGAACACCAUCGCCCCCGUCAUCUCCAAUUUCUUCUUGUGCUCUUAUGCCCUCAUCAACUUCAGCUGCUUCCAUGCCACCAUCACCAACUCCCCAGGUAAGGUGGGUGGUGGGCAGGUGGGCUGUGUGGGAGGUAGAAAUGGUGUAUUGGGGGGGAGGGGUAUGAGGCAGGAAAGAGCAAACAUGUCCUUCUGGGAAAGACGAAUGAGCCUAUAGGCUGGGCAACUUGUACCAGGCAGGAACGGGUUGGUCUGCAUUGCAUUCACAGCGAGCUUUUCCCAGUUGAGCCACUGCCAGGAAGGCUGGGGUGAGAAGUGAAAGGGGCAGAGGAAGGUCCUGAUUUGGGCCAUGGCACUCUCCUUAGGCCACACUGCCUCCCCUACCCCUUCCCCACCUGAAUCUUCCUGCUUAAACAGCUUGCUGCUUUUCCUCCCUGUGCCCCCUUUCCUCAGAAUGAGGAAAGCAAGCUGGAAAAGAGGUUUUGUAUGCAAGGGUAAGAGCGGUGUGUGUGUGUGUGUGUGUGUGUGUAAAAGUGUGUAAGGUAUGUGUGUUUUUAGCCUUAAUAAUAAUAAUAAUAGUAAUAAUAAUAGUAAUAAUAAUUUAUUACUUAUACGCCGCGCAUCUGGCCGGGCCUCCCCAGCCAGUCGGUGGCUUCCAACAGAAUAUUAAAAACACGAUAAAACGUCAGACAUUAAAAACUUCCCUAAACAGGGCUGCCUUCAGAUGUCUUCUAAAAGUCAGAUAGUUGUUUAUUUUCUUGACAUCUGGUGGGAAGGCGUUCCACAGGGCGGGCACCAACAAGGCCCUCUGCUUGGUUCCCUGGUUCUCGCAGGGAUAUUCAGUCCCUGUCCACUUUUCCCAGAGUAAAUUUAACCAUUAGCAAAGAUCUCCUCGCCAUAUUCUCUUCUGUCUUCUCCAUUUUAUCCUCACGACAACAACCCUUGUUGAGAGAGAAGCCCAAAUUUAACCCAGUGAACUUCAUGGCUGAGUGGAGGUUUGAGUGUCUUCUGAGUUCCGCACAAGAUUCUGGACCUGCAUGGCCAACCAGCAGACAUUUGGAGGGAAAUCGGUAGCCUCAAAUACCUUUGAGGGGCCACGUGCAUGUGUGUAGAGUUGUGUUAGGUCAAUGAUAGGAUAAACCAGGGUGACAUCUGGGCUCCCUCUCUGUGUGCAAUACCUUUUGAUCUCACCUGUGUUCCCCCAUCAUCACCAUCCUCCAGGCUGGAGGCCCUCCUUCCGCUACUUCAGCAAAUGGACAGCCCUGUUUGGCGCCAUUGUCUCCGUGGUCAUCAUGUUCCUGCUGAAUUGGUGGUCGGCCCUCAUUGUCAUCGGGAUCAUCGUCGUGAGCUUGGCCUACACCACCUACAAGAAACCAGGUGAGGGGAGCCUGGCGUUGGAUCUGAGAAGCAAAGGGUGGGGUGUGGGUAGAACGCCCCAGAUCUCCACACCUUCUUCCCAGCUUAGUUUAUAGAAAGAGCUGUGAACUUCAGGUCCAAAUGUCAAGGAGUCCUGGUCAAGGCUUAUUUAUGAAUUCUUCAUCAUUGUGAGGACUAUACCACGUUGUGGGUGCUAUGCCUCUCCCGCUUAAGGCAGCAUGUGCCUCGCCAGCGCCAACCACUGGAACCUUCUCAGCUGGAGGAGAUUUUAUUUCUUAACCCAAUUCACAGAAUCCCAAAGUAUCAUACCAUGUUAAACAGCCCCACCCCCCGAUAGUUUCUUAAGGGUGCCUAGAGUUGCUAAGGGAACUCUCUCAGAGCUACCGUUCCCAGAGUAGUUUAAUAAUAAUACCUUUAUUGUCAAUGUACAACCUGUGUACAAUGAAAUUAAAUUUAACAGUCAAUCCAUCUUCCUUGGGAACUCUGGGAACUGUAGUUCUGUGAGAGGAAGAUGGGGGUUUCCCAACAACUCUCAGCACCCUUGACAAACUACACUUCCCAGGAUCCUUUGGCUUUAAAUGUAUCAUGCAGCUGGGGCCCAAUCAGCUGGUGGCCAGGGCUUGAAUAGCACCAUGUGCAACUCCUUUCAAGCUCCUUUCAAGCAGUGUGCUGGCAAGGGCCGAUGGGAAUUGUAGUCUGAAACUUCUGGAGAGUUGGGAAGCCUGGGCAAGGAGGGCAAAUAGCCUUACGUCAGGCAAGAUCAUCUCCCUGUGUCCUGAAGUGGAUCCUUCAGUGUGGGGUACCCCUCUAGGUCCUUCUAGUAUCUGAAUCCAUCGCAGAAGGUAGAUAUGGACUAAAGCUCUUCUUCCUUUCUCUCCCCUGCCCACAGAGGUAAACUGGGGUUCCUCAGUGCAGGCUGGCACCUACAAUAUGGCCCUGUCAAAUGCAGUGAACCUGAACGACGUAGAGGACCACGUCAAGAAUUUUCGGUGAGGGAGCUACUUUAGGUCCAUGAGCCAGAUUUCCUUGGUGCUGUUCCCCUUUCUGGGGUGGGGUUGUUCAAAGACUGGGGAGGCACAGCACAAUCCCGUGCAUCAUGUUUACUCGGAAGUAACUUGUACUAUGCUCACUGGAGCUUGCAUUUUAGGAUUGCAGCCUUCAGCGUAAACUCGGGGUUAAAAAUGGUCACACCCAUGCCAUCCAUUUAAAGCACGCUUAUACAAUUUUAAACAGCCAUGGCUUUCCCCAGAGUAGCCUUCUCCUUGAGAGGUCUGGAGGGUGGCAACAUGAGAACAGGCCUUUUUUGCAGUGGCUCCCCGUCUGUGGAAUGCUCUCCCCAGGGACGUUCACCUGGCACCUUCAUUACACACCUUUAGGCACUAGGCAAAAAUGUUCCUUUUUAACCAGGCCUUUGAUUGAUCUGAUUUACAUCCUAAGCCCUUUAAAAAUGUGUGGUGGUUUUGUUUUCGGGGGGUGCUAUUGGGUUUUUAUUUUUAUUUUUAUUAUGUAUUUUGUGGUUUUAUAUCUUGAUUUUUUUCUGUGAAACCCCCCCUGAGACCCCCAGGUAUAGGGCAGUAUAUACAUUCAAUAAUAAAAUAAAAUCCUGGGAACUGCAGUUUGCUAAGGUUACUCAGAGUUGUUAGGAGUCACCCUGCCCCCAGAACUACAAAUCCCAGUAAUCAACUAAGUGGCCCCUAGUUACAGCUCUUUCACCUUCCUAGGCCUCAGUGUCUGGUCCUCUCGGGCCCACCCAGCUUCCGCCCAGCCCUGGUGGACUUUGUCAACGCCUUCACCAAGAAAGUGAGCCUCAUGAUAUGUGGGAACGUGGCUGAGGUGAGUUUACCUGCCCCGAGAGGGCCUUGUGGGGGUUGAUGGAAAGAAAAGAGGCCGGGGAAAUCUGACGAGCUGGGAUGGAUGCUGCCAUUUUUAACAGACUAUCAAUCUUUUUAUUGCAUGGUCAGCUGGGAGACUCCUCAUGCUUCGAAAACUACAACGAACAACUCCAGUGGCUCAGCACGCGCAAGAUCCGCUCUUUUUACAACUUCAUCACAACAGGGGACCUGAGAGCUGGAGCCAGGAGCCUCAUGCAGGUGUGUAAGGGUGUGUCUUGACCUAGAGGGGUCGUUUUAACAUUGGGAGUGGGGCAACAAAGGCAGAGGGCAGAUCCACACCAUAGAUUUACAGCACAUCCGCCGUACAUUACUUCCUCCAGAGAAUCCUGGGAACUGCAGUACAGUGGUACCUUGGGUUACAAACACCUCGGGUUACAGACUCUGCUAACCUGGAAGCAGUACCUCAGGUUAAGAACUUUGCCCCAGGAUGAGAACAGAAAUCAUGUGCCGGCAGCAGGAGGCCCCUAAGGUGGUACCUCAGGUUAAGAGUGGUUUCAGGUUAAGAACGGACCCCCAGAACAAAUUAAGUUCAUAACCAGAGGUACCACUGUAUGUUAAGGGUGCUGGGAAUUGUAGUUCUGGGAGGGGAAAACAACAGAUUCUUGUGGAGGGGAGCCGUUUGCUUAAAAUGUGCAUCGGAGGUGCUUUAAGUGUAUGGCACGAUCUGUCCAGAGAUGCCAAAAAGCAUGAAGGGAUGGAGGACAUUGAUGUGCGUAGUUUGAGAGUGGAGCUCUUAAUUCCUCUGUACACAUGUGGAUGCUAGGGUGCUCCCUCGCGCAGCAAGAGGGGCCAGGGAGUUCAGCUUCCUGUCCUUCCAAUUCCUUCCCCUCAUCUAAGAUGGGUGAGAAUGAACCAAAAGCCCCAGAUCCAAUCUGUGACUCAAACGAGGAACCUUCAGACCUGUGUGAGACUUCCCUGUGUGGUGAGCCACAGAACUGCAUGUUGCAACAUCUGCCCCUGGCAAUUCAGUGUCUGCAGUCCCCUGGAUUGGCCUUGCCCACCAAGACUGGUCCUCGGGUCCUCCUGGACCAUAAGAAGGUUCCCUGCUCGAGUUCAGUCUUCCUCAAGAAGCAAGGUCUUCCUGAGACCUGUUGUGCCAUCUGGCUUGGCCUCUGGUCCUGAAUUCUGCCUUCUUUCUCAACCCUGGUCCCAGGGUUUUCCCUUUGUCUUUGCCUUCUCUCUGGUUCCGAAUAUUGGCCUCACUCCUGGUUCUUGGCUCACCUCGGAGAUCAGCCCAUGAUGCCCUCUGAAAAGGAAGUCGAGGAGGAAGGGGCAGGAAGAAAGGCCUCUGCUUGGGACACUGAAGAGCAGUGGCCAGGCAUAAGGACAUGAGUCCUGCUGGAUUUCUGUCCUUUAUACAGCUACAGGUUAAUGGCAGCCCCUGCGCUCUCUCUCUCUCUCUCUCUCUCUCUCUAGGUCUCAGGUCUCGGGCGACUCAAACCCAACACCAUGGUCCUGGGCUUCAAGCAGGAUUGGCAGACCGACAGUCCGCAGAACCUGGAGAAUUACGUGGGCAUAAUACAGUAAGGGCAUGGAGGCGACGGGAAGGGGAAGCAGCGGAGGGUUUAGGAGACUGGGCUUAAACUGGUUUCAACAAAAUGUACCGGAUGCUUAGAGGAAUGUGUGUUUGCAAAGCCAGUGGGCUGUAUGGCCCAUACAUGCCUGAUGGCAAGACCUCUGAAAGAUAAUGUUUCCUCCCUUUUAUAGCAGGGUGGGGAUGCUCUAACCUUCUAGUUGUUUUUGGACUCAGUCCAUCAGCCCCCAGCCAGCAUGGCCAAUGGGGAAGGGUCACCUGUUCCACAUCAUGCCUUGGCUUGCCUGGAGGGAGGAAGAUAAUGUGUGUCAAAACCUCUGGCUAUUGAGUGGCUGGAAUGGAGGCACCUGCUUUGCCUCUGGCCCUUGCCCCACCACUCAUAUCUGGCCCCUGGAAGGUUGCCCAUGAAGCAGUGCGGCCCUCGGGAUGAAAAGGCUUCUCUACUCCUGGUUUCAACCAAUUCCAGCAGCAGCAAAGAGUCUUAGUCAGGUGGGCCGAAGUGCAUACAUAAUGUCUGGCAAUUCUUUUCCUUGGCCCAGAGCCCCUGCUUUCUUGAAAGGACUAAUUGGGCAGAAUACAACUUUGCACAUGUUCAGAGGUGCUCUCUUCACGAGAUAACCUCAUUAAGUAGGGAGAGACCACGUUGCAUGUUGAUCUCUACAGCUCUCUCUUCUCCCCCUUUCCCCGGUUGCAGCGACACUUUUGAUUUCAGCGCCGGAGUGUGCCUAGUCCGGAUGCGCGAUGGACUGGAUGUGUCGCGGAAGGUGAAAGCGCAAGGUGGGUGUGUCCAGGAAAGGGGGCGGGGCCUGAAAAUGCUGGAGGCUGUAAGGCCUCCGUCUAGUUCUGGAAGAAGAGGGUACUUGAAAGAGGGAGCUGUCCUUGGUGGCAAAACGCUCAGCGGCUCUUGUGGUUGCUCCAAGGCUAGCAGAAGCAAAACAGAUUUGGCAAAGCAGUAAAUGCUAUGUCUAAAGAGAGAAAGAGUGGAUGAAAUAUCUUAAUUUGCAUCAUUCGUUCUGGUGUUGUUGGCUUCUUAAAAAAACAACAACACAGCCUCAACUAAUCCUCUCUUCAUCUCUCUCCGCAACAGUGAACAUGGGCUUUGAAGACUCGGAAGCAGCGCUGGGCAAAGAGAAACGGAAGUGUAAGUUGGACGCCUUGAGUGAGGCUGCUCUAAAAAGAAAAAAUGUGGUUUAGUAGAAUGAGCUAAAGGACUCUUGAGUAGACAAAGCCCUCCCUGGCAGGGGUGCUCUGGCCAUGUCCCUACUUGGGCUGAAUAGGGGUUUGAAUGAAGGUGUUCCAGGCCCAAAACUCAGGAGCUUCAAAAAUGAGUACUAGAAGCUUGAAACAUACUGUUUAACUGUAAAUUUUAAUUUGGGUUUCUGAUAUUUUUAUGCUUUAGUGGGUUUUUGUUUUUUUACUGUGUGUUUUAAUCACGCAGCGCAUAUUUGAAUUGUGGAUAUCUUAAUUAUGGAUGUUCAUAUGUUAAUGAUUGUGCAAUUGACCUAUUUGCUAGGAAACCACUAAGAAGCCAAUCCUGGCACCAAGCCUUAGCUUAGUUAAUUAACUAACUAAUAAUGUGGGGGUGCUAGAGGGGAAUCGCUGCAAAGACUCCCCCCAUUCAUUUACUCUUCUCUGCAGGUGACAGCUACAAAGUUGUCGGUGCUGACACACACCUGGAAACCUAUUUCCAGGGCAACCAGAAGAAGAAAAACAUUGACAUCUAUUGGCUCUUCGAUGAUGGCGGUACGUAUGGUUCCUUCCGAGUUUAAGUUUGCUCCUAUCAUCAUCAUCAUUUCUAUACCACCUUUCUUCCAAAGAUCACAGGGUGGUUUACAAUAUUAAAAACACAUAGCAUACUAACAACCAAAGCAACAGCCCCCACGCAUAGUUUAAAAGGUCCUAGAAUGAUUGUUUAAUUAAUAACGUGCUAUACAUCUGAGCCCAACCCAAUUCUGGUUUCCUAGCAACGUAAUUUCCCCCUCACUGACCGUCUCCCAAGGAGAGCCCAAAUGGUGCAGUGUGCUCCCUUUCUAGAGGAGCGGAGGCCUUGCACCCCAUUUCCUUCUGGGGGCAGGGAUUUGAGCAUCAAGAAAAGGCUACAGGGAGCACACGGCCGUUGCUUCUCUUCCUAAAUUCGGAAUCCAUCUUUGUGGGUGGAGGAGUUGUGAACAGAAAGGGAGAGUUGUGUGGUCUGAGACUCAACAGGGUGGAGAGCACUGCCAUUGCAAGUUGGGGUCUACUAGCGGACUUCCAUCUGGUUGGCCGCUGGGAGAAGAGGGUUUUGGACCAGAUGGGCCUUUGGCCUGAUUCCCUGGGGCUUCACUUACAUCCUUAUGACUUUCCGCCUCCUGCUUCCUGGCUCCACAGGGCUCACCCUCCUCAUUCCCUACCUCCUCACCCGCCGGAAACGUUGGAGUCAUUGCAAAGUCCGGGUCUUCAUCAGCGGGCAGAUCGCGAAUGCUGAAGAGCACAGAGAAGAGUAAGAGGCUGGGAUUGGGGGCUGGAAUAAUGAAAGCCAAAUUAAAACGCUUCCCCUGUAAAGGAGGAGGAGCUGGUGAGCUUCUCGGAAGUUAAUGGAGGGCUGAUCCAAAACUUCAGGCUAGGUCCACUGGAAGAUAGUUUGCCCUUUGGUGCCGGAUUGUCCCAGGCACUACAAGGGCGUGAGCCAUAAGUCAUUGUCCUGCUUUUUGCCUGUGUUCUCCUUAAUUCCAAGCUUUUAUCCGUUGGCUUUCUUUUUCCACAAUCAAGUUUUUGAUGUAUAUUAAUUCAUUAUAAACACACACACACACACACACACGCACACACACGUACAUGCGAAAUACAGAAAGUGAGAGAAAUUCAUGCAGAAGAGAGAAUUUUGACAGGUCCAUCUUUUCACACCAUCAUGCCACAGGAGCCAGAAGAGCUGCGCUUGUUGACAUUCCUUCUUAUGCCCAUUUAUUAUGCUGUUUAUUUAUUUAUACGCCACUUAAAUUUACACUGCAUUUCUUGUAUUUAAGACACUUAACAUGCCGCUUAAAUUUACGCUGCCUUUCUUGUAUUUAAAGCACAAACAAAAAUGGGGCAAUGAAACAAUAAAAAUUCACCAAAAAAAUAUUGUAAAGGGGUAGGAACCAUUGCAACCACAGUGAAACAUCUUCGUACCUUCUGGUCUCCUCGCGGUUAGUAGAGAAAUACUUGUCCCCUUUCCCCCCAUUCCCAAUUUCUGUCUUUCUCCUCCUGAUUUGCAGGAUCCAUCUUUUGUUGACCAAAUUCCGCCUGGGAUUCACCGAGGUCGUGGUGCUGCCUGAAAUAAUGUGGAGGCCGGAAGAAACAAGGUGAAUGCCCUGGGCCCCCCCUCGUUCUUUGCUCCCUGAGGUCUUGUCUUUGUCCCACAAUCCCUCCGCCCCAACCUCAAACAGAAACCCCGCUUCUAACUCAGCAGCCCUCAAAGCUAGUAGCUUGGGGGGGGGGGCAGGCUUUUUCUGCAACAUGUCACUGAUGCAAUAAUAGUGGUGGAUUCAUACCCAUUCACACAUCAUUCUGCAAAACUUCCCCAUUGCUGUUGCUGGAGGGCCAACUCCCUUGCACGUUAACCAGCAGACAGGAGAAGAAGAAAUCCCAGAACAUUUGCAGUAUUAAAAAGCUACAAGAAGUUACAGGGUAUGCACAGAUUGGAAACGAAGCAAGAUGUCUGCGCGGAAACCUCUGCAGGCGCAAACAGUAUUGAAAGUGGGAUCAUGUGUACAACCUAGAACAAUUUCAGACCACAAUCCAGUUGUAUUAACAUUAAGGGGAAAGGGGGAAAGAGAGUCUAGGAGAUGGAGGAUGAAUGUAGCGUUACUUAAUGAUGAAAAAAUAUUGCAAGGAGCUAAAGAAUUAAUGAAAGAAUGUUUUGAUCUAAAUUGCAACCAGGCCAGAGGUUACUUUAUGCAACAUAAAUCAAUUAGAAGGAAAAAGAGAGAGAAUAAAAAAUUAGACUUGCCUGGAGGGGCAUUUAGUGCGAGUUCCUCUUGUUACAAUUCUUGCUCACCAGUGACAGUCUAGCAAGGUUGUGUAUUUUGUGAAUGAUGAGCGCUCUACAAAAUGGGUGAGGAUGUUUUGAAAUACACAGCUGUUACUCAAGUUGCCAUUUUGAGCUUGGAAUUUUCACCCAGGAGAGAAACAGGGCAGAGCGAGAGGAAUAGUCAUUGUCUACAUCUGACGUCACCAGCAGCCCUUAGCUUUGCAGCGAGAAAGAACCAUUUUCUUACUACUGUCCCUAGUGGGUUGGGACAUUUCAGGGUCUUUAUGACUUUUUGCAAUUUUUUUUUUAUAAAAAAGACUCUCACAAAUUCAGCCCUUGACUUUCCUGUGCCUCUUGACAGUACUGCUUUGGUGAAACACUACAAGCAAGCAAAGGCAGACUGGAAAACAGAUGUCUAGACCAUAUAUCUACAUAUAUUUAAAGCUAACCUCUGUACAUUCAUACAUUUUGAAAGCAACAGGUUUGGUGCCUCCCUGCUUCCCCCACUUGGGAGUCUGUGCAAAAAGCCUUGAGGUUCCAACCCCAAAUUGUUCCAUAGGCCGGGAUUGUUGUUUCCACUUAAGAAUACAGUUCCUUCAUGUGGUUUGGGCCCUUCCUCCCGUUUCUCCAUUUUGCUCUGCUCUGUCUUCCCAACUUUGGCUUGACUUGUUCCCCUUCUUCCCUCCCUCCCCCACCUUCCUAUCAUGGCAGUCGCAAAGAAUUUGAGGACCUCAUAGCUCCCUUCCGGCUCAAUGAAGGCCAGAAAGGCCAGGAAACCGUGGAAGAGAUGCAAAAGGAUGCACCAUGGAAGGUCACAGACGAAGACCUCCGAGUCUACAAGAAGAAGGUGGGGUUUUUUUAUGGAUUCUGUCCCCAGUGUUUGAGGGUCCUGGGCAAGGGGGUGCCUUAAUUCAGUUCGUAUUAAAAAUUGAACCUACCUAAUUUGCACUUCCUAAAACAAUGUGCGAACCAAAACAGAGAGCCGUCCUUCGUAAUCCAAAGUGGUGGGAGUUUUCUGGAGGCCGGUAGCUUCCCAUUCUGGUUCCAAUAGGGCGAAAGAGUCUACUGAGGUUUAAAGGAGCGUGAUAGGGGGAAGGGGUGACCAAAAUUCACUUUUAACACGUCUCUCUUCCUCCUUUUCCAACAUGGCGUCUUCAGUCUGAACAGCACAUGCGUCUACAUGAGAUACUUCAAGACCACUCUAGGAAUGCAGCCCUCAUUGUCAUGUGAGUCACUUCCCUCCUUUUUUCUUCUUCAAACAUUGAGAUCCCUGAAUGGGGUGGUUUUGCCCCUGUCCCAUGAUUCUUGUGCACACACCCCAUUGGGUUCCUUCUGAUUUCUGACAGAAGAUCCACACCAUGUGGUUGAGACAUAAUGUAACAGAUGCAGCCUUCAUAGGAAUGGGGGACCUGUGGCCCUCUAGAUUUUGUUGGACUACAACUCCCAUUAUCCCUGACCAUUGGCCAUGCUGCCUGGGGCUGAUGUGAGCCAUAGUCAAUAACAUCUGGAAGGCCACAGGUUCCCCAUCCCUGCUCUGAAGCAGGUUUCCCAAACUUAGGUCUCCAGAUUUAUUUAUUUUUUAGACUACAACUCCCAUCAUUCCAAGCUAGCAGGACCAGUGGUCAGGAACGAGGGGAACUGUAGUGCAGAAACAGCUGGAGACCUUGUUUCGGAAACCCUGCUCUAGGGGCUUGUAGGCCUGGUGGCAAACUCUCUCAGGGCCCAGGGUGACCCCAAGCAACCAGCUGCUGGUCCCCAUUUCUCUGAAGGGUGGGUGAAACAACAGUCAUCGUCCCCCAUGUUGUGGUGGUGAUAGUAAGGGCCACAUAUAUUCCAAUUCUGCCCAUGAAGAGAAUUCGGCACUGGGUGCAAAAAAUCAGGAGCUGGUCCAAAAAUAAAAGAAAAUUCUCGGCUUUCUGAACACAAGUUCCUAGCACACAAAACUACCUUGAUACUAAACAUUGGGUCCAUCUAGCUCAGUAGAGUUCACACUGGCCAGCUCCCAGGUUUUUGAACAGGGGACAUUAACAGCCCUACCAGGAAAUGCGAGGAAUUGAACCUGGGACCUUCUACAUGGAAAGAGGAUAAUCUACCACUAAGUUAUAGUCAUACCUCUGCUCCCGAACGCCUUGGGAGUCGAACGUUCUUGCUCCCGAACGAUCGAAAACCGGAAGUGAUUGUUCUGGUUUUCAAACGUUGUUUUGGAAGCCGAACGUCUGAGGGGCUUCCGAUUGGCUACAGGAAGCUCCUGCAGCCAAUCAGAAGCCACGCUUUAGAAGUUGAACGUUUUGGAAGUCGAACGGACUUCUGGAACGGAUUCUGUUCGACUUCUGAGGUACGACUGUAUAGCUCUUUCCUGGAAUAAUUGGUUCCAGAGGAGUGGGACAAGCAUCAGUAUCUUACAGCAGUGCAGAACGUUGGCUGCCAUAGGCCAAAACAGGCACUGAGGGCCUGUUUUUAAAGAAAACAUUUUUAAUGGAUUAGUUACUUGCAAUACUACUAAUAAUAAUAAUUUAUUUAUACCCACCCAUCUGGCCGAAUUUCCCCAGCCACUCUGGGCUGCUCCCAAUCGAGUAUUAAAAACAACACAGCAUUAAUAUUAAAAACUUCUCUAAACAGGGCUGCCUUCAGAUGUCGCAAGCAGCCCACCCUCUCUCAUGUGCCUUCCCGUUUUAUUUAUUUAUCCCACCUUUCCUCCAAGGAGUCUUACAUAGGUUGUUCUCCUCUUCCUCCCCACAUUAUCCUCACAAUAACCCUGUGAAAUGGGGUUAGGCUGAGAGUGAGCGACUGGCCCAGUGGGGAUUUGAACCCGUCUCCCGCGUCCUAGUUAAACGCUCUUAACAUUCUCCCUACCCUCCCUCUGUUUUUCUAGGAGCCUCCCGGUGGUACGGAAAGGGGCCUGCCCAAGCGCCCUCUACAUGGCCUGGCUCGAGAUGGUCUCCAAGGGCCUUCACCCGCCGGUCGUCUUCAUCCGAGGCAACCAGGAGGAUGCUCUCACCCUCUACUGCCAGUAG